UAUAAUCCAAUAAAUUCACCCAAAGGAACUGCCCACAAACACAUCUGCCCUGUGUGUCUCUAUAUCAGUCAUGGGGCUGCCCUGCAGCAUUGUGGGUAACACAACUUGUGCUACAGACUGUCUGAUCCCUAAUUAAGUGAUGGUAUGGCAAUUAGGAAGGUGGCAGUUAGGAAGGUGGCAAUUAGGAAGGUGGAAGUUAGGAAGGUGGCAGUUAGGAAGAGGGCAGUUAAGAAGGUGGCAGUUGGGAAGGUGACGGUUAGGAAGAGAGUAGUUAAGAAGGUGGCAGUUAGGAAGGUGGCAGUUAGGAAGAGGGCAGUUAAGAAGGUGGCAGUUAGGAAGGUGGCAGUUAGGAAGGUGACAGUUAGGAAGAGGGCAGUUAAGAAGGUGGCAGUUAGGAAGGUGGCAGUUAGGAAGGUGACAGUUAGGAAGAGGGCAGUUAAGAAGGUGGCAGUUAGGAAGGUGGCAGUUAGGAAGAGGGCAGUUAAGAAGGUGGCAGUUAGGAAGGUGGCAGUUAGGAAGGUGGCAGUUAAGAAGGUAGCAGCGAGGAAGGUGGCAGUUAGGAAGUGGGCAGUUAAGAAGGUGGCAGUUAGGAAGGUGGCAGUUAGGAAGAGGGCAGUUAAGAAGGUGGCAGUUAGGAAGGUGGCAGUUAAGAAGGUGGCAGUUAGGAAGGUGGCAGUUAAGAAGGUGGCAGUUAAGAAGGUGGCAGUUAGGAAGGUGACAGGAAGAGGGCAGUUAAGAAGGUGGCAGUUAGGAAGGUGGCAGUUAGGAAGAGGGCAGUUAAGAAGGUGGCAGUUAGGAAGGUGGCAGUUAGGAAGGUGGCAGUUAGGAAGGUGGCAGUUAAGAAGGUGGCAGUUAGGAAGGUGGCAGUUAGGAAGAGGGCAGUUAAGAAGGUGGCAGUUAAGAAGGUGGCAGUUAGGAAGAGGGCAGUUAAGAAGGUGGCAGUUAAGAAGGUAGCAGCGAGGAAGGUGGCAGUUAGGAAGAGGGCAGUUAAGAAGGUGCCAGUUAGGAAGAGGGCAGUUAAGAAGGUGCCAGUUAGGAAGAGGGCAGUUAAGAAGGUGGCAGUUAAGAAGGUGACAGUUAAGAAGGUGACAGUUAAGAAGGUAGCAGCGAGGAAGGUGGCAGUUAGGAAGAGGGCAGUUAAGAAGGUGGCAGUUAAGAAGAGGGCAGUUAGGAAGAGGGCAGUUAAGAAGGUGGCAGUUAAGAAGGUGGCAGUUAAGAAGGUGGCAGUUAGGAAGACGGCACACUCUGCCCAUUCCUGCCACCAGAACCUUGUGCACUGGGGUAUUACAGCAAGUCCUUGUCUGAACUGGGAGGAGCUCCUCAUAUAUCAAUAACAACAGAAUCGCUGAUCCAAAUAAUAAACCACAAUCAGGAUUUCCCCGAGGGCAGAAACAGUGACAGCCCUGAAUCAUGUUGUUCCCUCACUUUGGCCUA